ACCAUCCUAUAAUUCCAAAAUAUCCUACUUAUAAUUCGUAUAGGAUGCAUUUUAAUAGUAACCAAGCACCAAUGCAUAAUAAGCCACACCCACCUUUCCCAGUCCAUCAAUCAGAGCGACCACUUGAUUUCUCCAUACGAAGGGUGCAGACACCUGACUCCCCUCGGGAGCUUUGCAAACAGCCUGGAACCACUGGGGCUUUCCAUCCUUUUCCGGCCCACUACAGACGUCUCAGUAACACCACUAACCUUGAACACUCAGAGAUGUCUGAAACUAGCUUUAUUGUAGACAGUUCCAAAGAAUUUCCCACAAACUCCUGUGAAGAUGUACUUAAGAUAAGGCAUUGUGUUUCAGAUCCAGCUGACAAAGAUGUAUUAGCUAAAAGGCCCAGAGAGGAACUUGAAACGGACAUGGUCAGUAAAAAGCAAAAAACUGACACAACCCAUGUAUUGUCAGAUAAUGAGCCUCAGUCACCAUCCUCCCCACCCAUGCCAGUUAUUAAUAAAGUUUUUAGCUUGGCUCCUUAUAAAAUAUAUUUCGAAGCUACAGGCAUGUUGUCUUCACUAGGGAAUUCAAAAAGUCCCAAGCCACAGCCUGAGGCGACACUGCUUAAACAAGAGCCGGAAAUUCAAAACUGUGAUGCAGAACCAAAUUCAGGUGAAAGUGACCUCAGCUUGAAACAAGACACCCAGAUGUCACCAGCUAACAGUGACAUUCCAGUUGAAAUGCCAGAGACUGUAAAGAUCAAAAAAGAAAAAUUGGAUACAGAUGAACCGGCUUGUCAGUCGGAAAUGAAAGUGAGCAUUGCUGAGGAGAUGAAUCAUCAGGAGGACAGUUCUGAGGUCAAAGAGGAGCAAGGGGAGCCAGACAUGAAUACAUCUGACUCUCUUCCUUGUCAUGUUAUAGUAAAGAGUGACUUUGAAGAAGAAAGCAAUCCUUUCUUGGUAGAAAAAUCUGAAUCUUUAGCCACAUGCAAGACUGAGAUUGCUGUGAAAGACAAUAUGGACUACAUUCCAUUUUCUACGUUGCCCGCAACACCUCCAGUGCUGACUAAAUUCUCCCUCACUAAAAUCCCACCUCAUUGCCUCAAAUUGGCCAACUUUAAAAUAGUCAUCCCUGAGGUUCUGAAAGCUCCAGUAACCCAACCUGUUGAGGUUCCUCAGUCUCCACUAGAGACCAAGCCAAUUAUAAGUAGCAGCAAACAUGCUCGUCACCAGUUUAUGGAGCUUCAUCAGUCUCUCUGUAGACUCAUAUACUGCUGCGUUAAUCAAACCCCAUGUCAGGACCUCAGGGACUGGUUAUGCAGACUGGACCUUCGUGACUCAGGCAAAGAUCAGAAGGUGUCUUGUCUCUUGGGCUCGAAAAUGAGGGAGGUAUGGCUGAAAGGUGAUGAGAUGGAAGUGGCUCUUAAAAAGGUGGUCUUCCAACUUCAAAAGUAUGUUGAAAGCCGAGAAUGUCCCUUUCCUCAUGUCAUGAGGGCCGGUGCGGUGUUCAUUCCCAUGUUGGUGGUCAAAGAGGUGCUGUUUUCUCAGGUUCAAGGUGCAUUCAUAGACCAGGUCCUGCAGGAGCAUCGGGUUGAGCUCAGGCCCACCACCCUCACAGAGGAGAGGCAGCUGACUCAGCUCCACAGAAAGGCCUUCUCUUCCAAACUACGGAGACUUCUGUCCCUUAAACAUCUGCCAGAUAUAUACCCUGAUGUCCUUAACCUUCUCUAUCAUGCCAGUGUCUGCAAGUUCCUUGAUUCCACUGCUACAGAUGGUGUCCAAAAAAUGCCCAGGAGUAGAAACCAGCUUAGCGUUCAAGAGCGAGAGCACGGACAGCUCAGAUGAAUCAGCCGGCUGUGUGAAUGGCGCUGAGGAAUUCUACCUCGAGUCCUCCAGACCUCUCACACCGGAAACCACAUGUGUGGACAAGCUGGAAAAACAAUUUUGCCUCCAGAGAAAGAAAAAGAAAGGCAGAGUAAAGAUU